CACCGAAAUGAUACUACCAUAUUCCCUCCACCUGUUCAACUUUUCUUCACACAUAAUCAUCAUGAAUAUUGCUUGUGAUUACAGAAUGCACAUCUCCCUCAAAUGCUAGCAAUAAUUAUCCAUUAUUGGAAUAAUUAUUUUGUUCAUCACUGCUAGUAAUCCCUUUGUUUAAAAUGGAGGACAAAGUGGUAAUUACAUAAAGGAGUAUAAAAACAAGAGAGAAGAUGAAAGCUUCUUUUUUUUUUUUUUUUUUUUUUGUUUUGUCUUUCUUGUUUAAAAAAAUUUGAAAUUGUAGUGGUAUGAAGCAGAGGGCAUGAAGUGUCCUAUAUUUGCAAACCUGGUCCCCAUUGUCCUGCUUGAGCUUGGUUUUUGAAAAAAAGACCAUCCCUUUCCCAAAUUUAGCAUGGUAUGGUAUGAUUGGUAAUGAUAGCGCGUGGCGCUUCUGUCUAUAUCCCCUUUCCACUGACUUUGAAAAAAAAAAAGUUUUGAGCGAGAGAAGCUAACUUUAAUUUACUUGGAAAAAUGGGAGGUUUGAAGGUAGGGAGCGGAAGCAGGUCACCACAGUACAAGUCAGCUGGCCUCUCAGCUAGAUGGGUCUCUCUGCUCUGCAUUGCCAGCUUCUGUUUAGGUGUUUUUGUUGUCAACAGGUUAUUGACAGUGUCUGGUCCUGUUAGAACAGUGAACGAUGCUUUAUCUGUGGAACAUAUGUCACAGGAACUUCAUCCUGUUCUUGAGUGCGAGAAAAAGGAUACUUCUCUGGUAGCAGGAGAUAUUCUCUUCCAAGUUUCUAAAACACACGAUGUAAUCAUGGGAUUGGACAAAACAAUAUCUUCUCUGGAAAUGAAGCUUGCUUCCGCUAGAACUGCUAAAACAGAAAAUGAAGAAAUAUCUACUCCUGAUAGGAAACCAGUAAUUGAGCCUUUGAAUAACCGUUCUAAGGUUUUCUUUGUAAUGGGAAUCAUUACUGCUUUCAGCAGCAGAAAACGCAGGGAUUCAAUUAGGGAUACUUGGAUGCCUCAAGGGAAGGAUCUAACAAAGUUGGAAAAGGAGAAGGGUAUCAUCAUACGGUUUGUGAUAGGGCACAGUGCAACCCCAGGUGGAGUCUUAGAUCGUGCUAUAGAUGCUGAGGAUGCACAACAUAAUGAUUUCUUCCGACUGAAUCACGUGGAAGGAUAUCAUGAACUGUCCUCUAAGACUCAAAUAUACUUUUCAACUGCAGUGGCAAAGUGGGAUGCUGACUUCUUUAUCAAAGUUGACGAUGAUGUGCAUGUCAAUCUGGGUGUUUUAGGUUCACUGUUAGACCAUCAUCGAUCUAAACCUCGUGUGUAUGUGGGUUGCAUGAAAUCUGGACCUGUUCUCUCGCAGAAAGGAGUGAAGUACCAUGAACCGGAAUACUGGAAAUUUGGUGAGGAGGGAAAUAAGUAUUUUAGGCAUGCAACUGGACAAAUAUAUGCGAUCUCCAAGGAUUUGGCUACCUACAUAUCGAUCAAUGGACACAUUCUCCAUAGGUAUGCAAAUGAAGAUGUUUCUCUUGGCUCUUGGUUUAUUGGGCUUGAUGUUGAACAUAUUGAUGAACGAAGUUUGUGCUGUGGAACACCCCCAGACUGCGAGUGGAAGGCCCAAGCUGGGAACACUUGUGCUGUAUCAUUCGAUUGGAGCUGUAGUGGAAUUUGUAAAUCAGUAGAAAGGAUGGAAGAGGUCCACCAGCGCUGCGGAGAGGGAAAUGGAGCAAUAUGGCAUGCCAGUUUCUGAAAGUUUAUGAUUAUGCUUGAUUCUUUUGGUUGCAACUCCAAUCGUAUUGUAAAAUUUGUGAGUAGCAUGUGAUGGGCCUAAUUUUUGUUUAUCAAAGCCAUGUCACUUGAAAUCUGCAAUGUUCACCAACUCAAUUAAUCAUUCAGUUUAUUAGUUAGGCAGAAAUUAAAAUUGAUGAUCAUGGAAUUCCAAA